AUGUACCUGAUUUGGUAUCACCGUAACUGUUAUAUAGUCGAGGACAUGCGUCGAACGAGAUGCUGUUACCAGAACAAAGAACCUUCCACUUCCAUCAGGCUCUUGACCUGCAGUGACUGUCUCGAUUUAGCUACAAUACCUCAGCCACCAACCAGUAUCAUGGCGUCAGCGCACAUGGAGAGCCUCACCCAUCCCCUCAAGCCGCAGCAAUUGGUUGGCUCGCAUUCACUAAACGCAAAUAACGGUCACACAUGGAACGACUCAGAGCACCCUCGUUACGAUACAGCGGAGGUAUCGCCAUGCACAUUCCCGUCAGAGGGGCUCCAAUCAGUGAAUGACAACAAAGUCGUAGAUGCCUUCCCAUACUCUGUAUAUAGACCGGCGUCUGUAUCCUCGAGGGAGGCUCUCGCAACUCACCCCACACCGUUCGCGCAUUCACCUGUGACUUCGUCCACGCCUACUCGCCCUCAGGCCAAACGACCAGUAUCAUCCUGCCUCUCUUCUGGAUCAAGCAUGGGCUCCGACAUCGAGGCCAAGGCUGAGGCUAUAGCGCCUUCAGAUUGGAAGCCUACCAAGAAUGAGUUACUCGUAAUGAUCAGUCUGAGCUUCAUCUCACUGAUGGUUGCCUUGGACGCAACUGUCCUCGUUACUGUACUGCCCGAGAUCUCACACUCUCUCAAUGGAACAUCGGCCGAAGCUUUUUGGGCAGGUACUUCAUAUCUUCUGACCUCCGCCGUCUUUCAGCCGGUCAUUGCUUCGAUCUCUUCCAGCUUUGGUCGCCAGCAGAUGCUGUUAUUUUCCUUGACUUUUUUCACUGUCGGUACCAUCCUCUGUUCGGUCGCCCACAGCUUCACUGUAUUACUCGUUGGACGUUCCGUCCAGGGCAUUGGUGGCGGUGGCAUCAUUACCACAACCCAGGUGAUUUUCUGCGACAUCGUACCCUUGAGACAGCGACCGAAGUUCUUUGCUAUGGUCCUUGGCGCUUGGUCUAUUGGAACCAUCGUCGGGCCUGUGGUCGGUGGCUCUCUAGUCGAGCAUGCGUCGUGGCGGUGGUGUUUCCACAUUAAUUAUCCCUUCUGUGGCAUCAGUUUUCUCGUUGCUGCUUACUUUGUCCGUAUGAACGCGACCACGCAACUCACGUUUGCGCAGAAAUUGAAGCAGACUGACUGGAUCGGUGCCCUACUCUUCAUUGGAAGCUUCACUUGCUUCCUCGUCGGUCUUUCUUUUGGUGGUGUGCAGCACCCUUGGUCCUCUGUCGCUACACUGGCGCCCAUGAUCGUAGGUCUGAUCGGCAUUGCUAUGUUCUUAGGUUGGCAGGUGUACAGAAAACCACACAGCCUACUACCUAUGUCCAUAUUCUACAACUGGUCGGCAAUUUCUGCAUUCUACUCUGCCAUGAUCAAUGGUCUCGUCCUUUUCACGGCUCUUUACUACCUUCCCUUUUUCUCCAUGUCCGUUCGUGGUCAAUCACCAACCCAGGCAGGUAUUGACCUGUUCCCUGCUGUCUGUUUUGUUGUUCCUGGUUCUAUCGUUGUCGCGGUCUUGUCCACAAGGCUCGGAAGAUUUCGAUGGGCUAUCUGGCUUGGCUGGGCUAUCACCACGAUUUCUUAUGGCAUCUUCAUUGUUUUCGACAUCCACACCAAGAUGGUGGUCAUCGCCGUAGCCCUUGCUCUUUUUGGGAUCGGCUCUGGCAUGGUCUUGACCAGCGUCAACGUCGGUAUUCAAGCCAUCUCCAGAGUCGAGGACUGUGCCAUGGCCGCUAGUAUGUACGGUUUCUUCCGCAGUCUCGGUAUGCCCAUCGGUGUUGCACUGUCAGGAACUGUCUUUCAGAACACUAUGUCAAGCAAGCUGUCAGAGCUUGGUCUGCCCGCACGCAUCGCUCACGACUCCGAGCAGUAUAUCUUCGUUCUUCGAGCGAUGGCAGACGGAGCCCAGAAGAAUGCGAUUCGAGAGUCUUACAUGCAUGGUUUCCACUCGGUAUUCAUCUUCGUGACGGCCGUAUCAGGAAGCGCGCUCAUUGCUAGCUUGGUGAUCCGUAAGUUCAGCAUGGACAAGAUACUGCUUACCACGUACUCGGUCAAAUGA